GAGGAACUUCAGCAGUUCUUAAAGCACAAUACAGCAGUCUCCUUCUGAGAGUCAGGACUAGAGAGAGAAUUUGCUGAAGAGAAGGAAAAACAAACAAACAAACAAACAAACUAAACCAGCCCCCAAAAAAACUGUUCGUGAAGGGGGAGGAAAAGCAGGGCCUUUUAAAAAGGGAAUCACAACAACUUUUGCUGCCAGGAUGCCUUUGCUUUGGAAGAGAGGAUUACUGUUGGUGCUUUGCUGGAUUAUAGUGAGGAGUUCCCCAACCCCAGGAUCCGAGGGGCACAGUUCAGUCACUGACUGUCCAUCAUGUGCCCUCGCCACGCUCUCAAAGGAUGUGCCCAGCUCACAGCCUGAGAUGGUGGAAGCAGUAAAGAAGCACAUACUGAACAUGUUGCACUUGAGGGACAGACCUAAUAUCACCCAGCCAGUGCCCAAGGCAGCACUUUUAAAUGCCAUCAAAAAACUCCACGUGGGAAAGGUGGGAGAGGAUGGCUAUGUGGAAAUAGAGGAUGAUGUUGGAAGAAGAGCCGAAAUGAAUGAAGUUGUGGAGCAAACCUCAGAAAUCAUCACUUUCGCAGAAUCAGGCACAGCCAAGAAAAUGUUGCACUUUGAGAUUUCCAAGGAAGGCAGUGAAUUAUCGGUGGUGGAGCAUGCUGAAGUGUGGCUCUUCCUGAAGGUCUCCAAGGCCAACCGGAGCAGGACAAAAGUCACCAUCCGCCUGUUUCAACAGCAGCGGCAGCCAAAAGGCAAUUCUGAAGGAGCAGAAGAUACAGAGGAUGGGGGGCUGAAAGGUGAAAAGAGUGAGACUUUGAUUUCAGAAAAGGCAGUGGACACCCGUAAGAGCACUUGGCACAUCUUCCCUGUCUCCAGCAGUGUCCAGAGACUCCUGGACCAAGGCAAGAACUCUCUGGAUGUGCGGAUUACCUGUGACCUGUGUCAAGAGACUGGAGCCAGCCUGGUGCUAAUGGGCAAGAAGAAGAAAAAGGAAGACGACGGGGAAGGGAAAGAAAAGGAAGCUGGAGAAUUCACAGGAGAAGAGGAGAAGGAGCAAUCACAUCGGCCCUUCUUGAUGAUGCUUGCCCGGCACUCAGAGGAUCGCCAGCACAGGCGACGGAGACGAGGCCUGGAGUGUGAUGGCAAAGUCAACAUCUGCUGCAAGAAGCAGUUCUUUGUCAGCUUCAAGGACAUAGGAUGGAGUGAUUGGAUCAUUGCUCCUACAGGUUAUCACGCCAACUACUGCGAAGGAGAGUGUCCCAGCCAUAUAGCAGGCACAUCUGGUUCAUCAUUAUCUUUCCACUCCACUGUCAUCAACCACUACCGCAUGCGGGGCCAUAGUCCCUUUGCCAACCUCAAAUCAUGUUGUGUGCCCACCAAGCUCCGGCCUAUGUCCAUGCUGUACUAUGAUGAUGGCCAGAACAUCAUUAAGAAAGACAUACAGAAUAUGAUUGUGGAGGAAUGUGGCUGUUCAUAGACACUGGUGUGCACAAGACCCUUCUUUUUAAGAAGAAAAUGUAUCAAAAGCCCAAGAAGAGGAAAGACCAGACAUGGUAUAAUAUUUUUUGAGUGAAACAAUCAUCAGAAAUAUAA